AUGGGAGGAGGAAGAUGGAGUGGGCUGGGAGAGAAAACCACUUGGGAGGAAUACCUCGAAAGAUUGCUUUCAUGGCGAUCGGUGGAGUCGCUAAGCUACUAACUUCCUAUCUCAACUCCACCACUGUUCACAAUCCACAAACCCUACUUGGUCUUGUUCGGUCUCGGCCUCCCGGUGUGGCUCUUGUCACUGUGGCCAAUCACUUGUCUUUCUUGGAUGAUCCUCUUAUGUGGGGAUUUAAGGGAUUUCCAUCUAUGGAUUCCAAGCUUGCUCGUUGGGUAUUGGCUGCUCAAGAUACCUGCUUUACUAGCAACCUCUCUUCUUACUUUUUUCGAAUUGGGAAGUGCAUACCUAUCAUAAGGGGUGGUGGGAUUUAUCAAGAACACAUGAAUGAAGCUCUUGAGAAAUUAAGCACUGGAUCAUGGCUACACAUAUUUCCGGAAGGGAAAGUUGCCGAAGAAGAUGCACCUAUAAGACGAUUGAAAUGGGGAACGGCCAGUCUCAUCGCUCGUGCAGCAACAACGCCUAUAGUUUUGCCAAUUGUUCACCAUGGUUUUGAUGAGGUAUUCCCUCGAAGAACUACAGAUGGAAGAAUGCCAACUUUUCCAUCACGAAAGAAGAAGGUUAGAAUCAUUGUUGGAGAUCCAAUUGAAUUCGACCUUGAAAAAAUGAGGCAAAUGGCUACAUCUCUAUCUCAUACUAUUUCACUUAAUCCAUCUUUGGGAUGGCCAACCACUCCUGAUGGUUUGGAUGAGGCAGCACAAAGAUAUCUCUACUCCUCAAUCUCACAAAAAAUCCAAACUGCCUUGGAGAGCUUACGAUCCAACUCUUUGUAA